AUGCACCUCCCAACCACCCUCCUCACCUUCCCGCUUGCGGCCUCCGCAGCAACAACCCUCAUCCCAACGACUGCCUUCUACUCCGUCUCCUCAUUGGAAGAGUAUUUCGCUUACCUCUACCCCUGGGGCUCCGACCACAAUGGUUCCGCCCGGAUGAAAGGCAACUCCACCGACCAGGAGUACAUCUCCGUGGCAGACGGGACCUUGACUCUCGUCGCGAAGCGCGUUUCUGGUGAAGAGCCUACCAGUGGGGGCCAGGAAAUCAACUACCUCUCUGGAGCGGUGCAUUCUGCUACCACUUUCACGGUGGAAGAAGGCUCUGGAUUCAACAUCGAGGCGGAGUUCCAAGCUCCUGUCGGCACCGGCACUUGGCCUGCUUUCUGGCUGAAUGGGGCCAAUACCUGGCCGCCUGAGAUUGAUCUGGCUGAGUGGAAGGGAACCGGAGACAUCAGUUUCAACACGUUCAAUUCAUCCUCUGAAGUCCAAGCCCUGGACACGGAGUAUCCAUCGCCGGAUGACUUCCACACCAUUCGCACCGAGAUCCGCGACGAAGACGGCUCCAACAUCUCGGUGGCAUUCUACCUCGACGACAAGCUCCUGACGACCCAGUAUGGCGGAGAAUAUGUUGGAAAGCCACUACAUCUGAUCAUCAAUUUGCAAAUGGAAGGCUCGUCUGGAACCCCGGGUCCCUCGGAAGACACGUACUAUCGUAUUCGGAAUCUUUCCUUUGAACAGAUCUAG